AUGAGCGUCUCACUCAUGGCCCCAACGGAUAGCUACACCUUUACGGUGGGAAAGCUCGAUGCCGGUAUGGCCAUCCUGCUGGGCGAGCGGGCACACUUGAUCGAGUUCCCGUCGCUACUUCUACCUCCGGGUGCCUCGGCUGGAUCUAUUGUCAAUAUAUCCGUGACGCAAAACCUUGAAGCCGAGCAUGUACGAGACGCCGCGUUCUGGAAGUUACAGGAUGAAAUCCUAGACUUGUUCGGCAGCGAGCAUCCCAAACCUCCGGAACUGACUUUGAGAAACGUCACUCAGACAUCCGUCGCACUGGAGUGGCCGCCACUGCAGCUCGCCACGGCAUCCCUCCGCAGUCUGGACAUCUACCGGAACGGCGUCCGUCUCGCGCCAAUCCCGUCCCCUCUCACGAACACAACCACAAAGCUCUCCGGUCUUGAGCUUGACACUGAAUACACUUUCCGCCUUGUUCUACGCACAACCGCCGGUACAUUCCCGAGCAACGUCGUCCGUGCUCGUACACACACCAUGGCCGACACGUCCGGUAUUUCCGUAUGCUUCGGCACAGUCGAAGACUCGGUUAUGUUAGAGCACGCCAAAUUGGCUCUGCAAGAAAUGCGAGCAAAGUUCACGGACAAGAUUGCGAUCGAUACGACACAUUUCGUCUGUACGACGCCCGCGGCACCCGGUACAGCUCAUGGACAACCAGGUGUUGAGUAUCAGCGCGCCUUGCAGUUGAGCAUCCCGAUUGUGCAGCCGCAAUGGAUUCUUGCCUGUCAUCAGCAGAAGAAGAUGGUACCAAUCGCGAGCUUCUACCUCGGUGCAACGCCCGCUGCGCCCAUGAACGCGCCGCCCUUCGCCCGUCCACAGUCCAUGUCGCAAACCUCCCUCCCCCAAUCCUCUCGCUCGCCACCAGUGAACCCCGCUCACGGUCGGGCUCAGUCCACACCCACUGGCCAAACACGUUCCCCGCCAUCUGCGCCCGAGGUUCCUCCCACGCUCGAGCCUACGCUCGAAGAAGAGCCUACCGGGCAAGAAAUCGAUGCGCAUGCAAGCUCCGACGAGGAUGCGGUGGACGAGUAUAUGGAUGAGCUCAAGAAGAACAGGAGGAGUAGUAAACCCCCAACGCCACAUGCGAGACAUGGGACUAUGGACCAAGAGAACGAGGGCGAAGGGGAGGGCGAGGGUUACGAUGUCGAUGCCAAGGAGGAUGGGUCUGAAGAGGCUGAACUCAGUGCGCCGGGCCAGGGUAAGGGCCCCGAGUUGAAGGUCGAGGUGCCGCCACCGCCGUCACCGGCGAAGGAGAAGGAUUUGAGGGACAGCGUCAUGACACCAGAUGAAGAGGUCGGAGAGACGGAGGAGAUCUCUUUGAACUAG